GAUGUUCCGCAGUCAAGGCAGAGCAGAAUGCGUGGAAUGAAUUUCCUUUAAUGUCGGGGGGAAUCUAUCUAAGACACAAUGUCAUUGAAGUUAUUGAUGAAGUUUACACAGUCUCAAUGGUCAAUGAUAUGAUCAAG